GUAAAUAAAUUUAACAAUGAGUUUACAUCUAGUGCUCUGUCUGUUUUCUUAUUUGCUUUUAACACAAGUGGCCGAAGGAAACAUUGAUUCAAUUUUAAAAGAUUUCGAUUGUGUUGAUAUAUACAAACAACCGGCUUUCCAACAUCCAUUGUUGAAACACCACAAGAUUCAGGAAAAAUUCAGUUCAAAUGAAAAGCUUAAAAGAAAAGAUGAAUAUCAACCAAAUGAAAAAUAUUGUCCAAAAGGAACUGUACCAAUUUUAAGACAGAGAAAUGGAACUGAGAGCUUUCAUCCUGACACAGUCGAAUAUCCUGGCCAACAUUUUGCAGUACUCGAAAAUAUGUUAGAUGGGAGCAUCUAUCGAGGAGCAGACGCUCUGAUAAGUCUUCAUAAUUUAACUCUACUGAAUAACCAAUACAGUAAAGAUCAAAUCUGGUUAGAGAAUGGACCUCGUGAUCAACUCAAUAGCAUACAAUUUGGUUUGGCGGUGCAUCCAAGAUUAUAUGGCGACAGUUUAACGCGAUUUACAAUAUACUGGACAGGAGAUGGCUAUAAAAGAACUGGAUGCUAUAAUACAAAAUGUCCUGGAUUCGUUAUUGUUUCUCGAGUUCCCUUGAUUGGAACAAUUUUUGCUGAUACUUCUGUUUAUGGUGGUAACGAAACAGUUUAUACUAAUCCGAAAGUUUUUCAGGAUGGUUUCAGCGGAAACUGGAUACUAAGAAUAUUUGACCGAGUUGUUGGUUACUGGCCUAAAGAGUUAUUUACUCACUUAAACAAAGGAGCUUCUUUGGUACGCUUUGGAGGAAAUACAUUUCCAUCUCCGGACGGAUUUAGUCCCCCAAUGGGAAAUGGAUAUUUUCCGUCUCACGAUUUUUAUAAAAGUUCACAUUUUUCAAAGGUCAAAGUUAAGAAUUCGAACUAUGAAACCAUUGAUUUUGAAAAACAGAGAACAAGACGUUAUGCAGAUUCUUACCAAUUUAUAGACUAACGUAUUGGGGUUAUAACCAGCAUAAUAGAGUAUCCUUCUCUUAUGGAGGACCAGGUGGACAAUGUGGUACUUGAUGAUCAAUAAAUCAAAUAUGUAUCAACCAAAGCUAUAUCAAAUUUGCAAGAGAAAUAAACUAUAUCCAUGUUGUUGUGUAUGACAAGUAUUUUAAAUAUUUAUAAGGCAUUCAGGUGGACAAAGAUAUAUAAACUACCUCUUCCAAUACAAAUCUUAGGCUAAUUUCGUUUUCUUACAAACAUCUUUGUUUUAUCAUUCCAAUUUUAUGAA